AUGGCUCCUACCACUCUCCCGGGACGCCCGGGUAGCCUCACCCCAGCCGAGGAGGAAAAGUUGCGCGAGCUCUGGUUAGCGACACUCGACGUCUUUGGUGUCACGAGUGGUGGCCGUCCCAGCGUCGAGAGCACUUCCGCCGCUUCCACCCCUGCACCUGCCGACACAAAGAAGAAGUCCAAGCUGUCCAUGUUCUCGCGUAAGAACAAGGAUGUCGACCACUCUGCAGACAACACCGACGACGAGAACGACAAGCACGGCCAGGCAAAGGAGUUCCGUCAAGCCAUCCAGAACCAAAGCCCCGAGUCUUUGCGCACCGCCUUCUGGGGCAUGGUCAAGCACGACGAUCCCGAUGCUCUGCUCUUGAGAUUCCUCCGUGCCCGCAAAUGGGACGUCCAGGCCGCCCUGAUCAUGAUGAUCGCGACUCUGCAUUGGCGCUCGCAAGAGAUGCACGUUGACGACGACAUUGUCUACAAGGGCGAAGGCGGCGCUGUCAUUGACGCCAAAUCCUCUCCCGAUGCAACCACAAAGAAAGAUGCCGAGGACUUCCUUACACAACUGAAGAUGGGCAAGAGUUUCCUGCACGGUGUCGAUGCCGAGGGAAGACCUGUUUGCAUUGUCAGAGCUAGACUGCACCGCGCUGGCGAGCAAACGGAAAAGAGUCUCGAGAGAUUUACCGUCUAUACCAUCGACACUGCGCGUAUGAUGCUCAGACCCCCAAUCGACACUGCCACCAUCAUUUUCGACAUGACGGGUUUCUCCAUGUCAAACAUGGACUACACCCCCGUCAAAUUCAUGAUCAAGUGCUUCGAAGCAAACUACCCAGAAUCGCUGGGUAGCGUUCUCGUCUACAAAGCCCCUUGGGUCUUCCAAGGUAUCUGGAAGAUCAUCCGCGGCUGGCUCGACCCCGUCGUAGCUUCCAAAAUCAACUUUUGUUCAAACGUGGACGAACUCUCCGCCUUCAUUCCCAAGAGCCAAAUUUCAAAAGAGCUCGGUGGUGACGAAAACUGGGAGUACGAAUAUGUUGCUCCCAGAGAGGGCGAAAAUGACAAGAUGAAGGACACUGCAACAAAAGAAAAGAUUGAGACUCAGCGCAAGGAGCUGGUGCAAAGGUAUCAGACUGAAACUGUAUACUGGGCCAAGGGCGAGAACAAGGGAGAGCAAAGAGCAGCGCUGAGACAAGACUUGCUGCAAAACUACUGGCAACUUGACCCAUAUGUCCGCGCAAGGACAUUGUACGAUCGUAUUGGUGUCAUUGGACAUGGUGGCAAGAUGGACUUUUACCCCACUGCAGCAGCGACAAGCAGUGCUGACCUUGAUUAG